AUGGCUCAAGUGGAAGAGAACUACACUGAAGUGUCAACCUUUAUUAUUGUGGGCUUUCCAGGUCUGCAGCUGGAGUAUUUUCACAUGGUGGCAUGGUUUUUGUUCAUCCUCUAUGUGACCAUAGUGACGGGAAACCUGGUGUUGGUGGUGAUGUUUGCUCUGGAGCACAGUCUCCAGAAGCCCAUGUACAUUAUCAUGGUCAGCCUGGCUCUCUCAGACAUUGGCUUUACCACAGUGGCUUUACCAAAACUUAUUGCUCGCUAUUGGUGGAAUGAUGCGAGUAUUGGCUUUUACACAUGCCAUUUCCAAAGACACAUGAUCCACUAUUUUGGGAGUUUGAACUCCCUGAUUAUGCUGACCAUGUCUGUGGAUCGGUAUCUGGCCGUCUCUUUUCCUCUCAGAUAUCCCAUGCUGAUGACGGCCCCAACUAUGACAAUCCUGACAGUUUUCUCCUGGUUAGUGGCACACAUCUUCCCUGGUGUCACCUCCAUUAACUUUAUCCAGAUAUCUUUUUGUGGAUCAAACCAAAUCAUACAGGCCUUUUGUGAGACCUUAUCCCUUGCCGCUCUUGCAUGUGGGGAUAAACGUUAUCUUUCCAUGGCUUCAUAUGCUACUGCAAUGUUUAUUCUUCUUGUUCCUUUGAUCUUUGUGAUAUCCUCCUACUUUUGCAUCAUAAUCUCAGUCUUUCACAUGACCAGCGGACAGGGCAGAAGGAAGACCUUAUCGACGUGUGCCACCCAAGGCUGCAUCAUUUCAAUCUACUACAUACCACGGUUCUUCACCUACUCCGCACCACACAUUCCUAACAUGAAGAUGACCCCGGACAGCCAAAUAGCCACAACAUUUUUCUACAGCUUCUUCCCUCCGCUCAUAAACCCGUUUGUGUACUGUCUGAGAACCAAGGAGAUCAAGGCAAUAUUGAGCCGCUGGGUUCAGAGAUUACAGGUUUUUCAGCCAAAGUCCAGCAAAACGGCCACUGUUCCCAAAGUAAAAUGAAAAAAACUUAAACCAUGUUUUCAUUUAAUGCAUCUUUCUGUAAUAAUAUAUGGUUAUUGUUACCACCUCGGUUUCCCAGCAUUCUAUCACUUGUCUCUGGAAAAGACGAUUCUUCGCUCAUAACUUUGAAAUGUUAUGUUUUUGAAAGGUGAAUUCAAACCUCAGUAAUCCAUUGGGUACCACACAGUACCCAGAUGAAAUGCUAUCAAAUAGAUUGAAAUAGAUUUAUUUCUUAUUUUAAUUUCUAAAAGUGGUAUCGCUAAUUGA